AUGCCUAGGUUUCGACCCCGCAACACGAAAGCCCGUCCCAAGAAGGUCCGACUUCCUCUGUCCUGUCUUGCUUUAACUCGUCUGGUAAAGUCCCUUGAGGCUCGUGUGGCCGAGCUUGAGGCCCAAGUGCUUGCUCUUCCAACAGGGCCUCAGCACCUCCCUUCCUCAAUGGCCUCCAAAGUUGCACAAGCGACCAUAUCGUUUGGAGUGCCCAGCUCCGGCGCGUAUCUCCAGUCCAAGAUCUCAACGACCUUGUUUCUCCGCCCAUCAUGCCCCCCACUGGCUGUCUCUGCCACCACCCAGAACCAAGGUCCAGAGACAGCCACUUCUGAAGGAGAUAGUUCAGACGCUGGUGGACAGCAUCCAGCGCAGCCAGAGAGACCUUACACAAGCAACUUGAUUGACCUCAAGAGCAUUCCAUACUGGGCCCUCGAGCGCAUGGUACGUAACUAUGCUGGCACACACCUCCCUCAAUAUCCCUGUAUCUCCGAGACUAUGCUGCAAAGUAUCGUUGAGCGAACGCAGAACGAAGACCUUCAAGACUCGACUGAGCCGUCAGUCUAUGGGGCUUCCACCGACUCGGGUCUCGGCCCUUUUGAGUAUUUUGUCCUGGCUAUCUCAGCACUCACCAUGACCUGGAAAGAUGAGCAGCAAGCUCGAACAACCUCCGAGUCAUUCUACAAAUCCGCUCUAAAGCAUUUGCAGGUGCUAGAGGACCCAAGCGAAAUCAAGGCUCUUCAGAUAUCUCUGCUCUUAGCUCACUUUGCUCACAUGUGCCCGGAGCGGGUGGAUAACUGGACAUGCAUCGCGAAUGCUGUCCGAAUUGUCCUGGCCUUGGGAUUACAUCGUGAGUUUCCCCAAGGAAUCGACCCGGAGCAAGCACGGCUGCGGUCCGAGCUAUUCUGGGUUGCAUACGGGAUGGAGAGAUCCUUGUGCGCGAAUCUUCGUCUCCCUUUGUCAUUUCCUGAAGAAGCCAUUACCACCAAACUCAAAGAUCCUUCGCUUGAUGAGCCAGACACCUUUAUCACAGAUGACAUGAGGAAAAAGUCAUCCGCAAAUCAUAUCUAUCGGUACCGGUCCUUGGAAACAGAAGUCCAUCGAGUCCUUUAUCUCAAAGAGGAUCUAGCCCUCCACGGUGCCACCAUAAGAGACUGGAUCACGGAUAUUACUCACCGAUUGGAAGGCUGGUACGCUAAAGCCCAGACCUACACGCAAUACAACAUGCUUGAGUUUAAGCACGUGCAGUUCUACCACCUCCGGCUGCGAAUUCACCGACCCACGCCGACACUGAGUAUUAGGCAUCCGGAUGACUGGGCUAACUCGGAGGGCUGUCAGCGAUUGAUCGAAGAUUACCUAUCCCAAGAGCGUCGCAGAAGACUUUUCUACCCCUGGCACGGCACGCACAUCCUGUUUGAAACCGCCCUCGUUGCCCUUGAUGCAUCAUGGUCUGCGCGUGAAUACCAGCCGCUGAGGGGGCAGGCUGAGCGCAUGGUGCAGACCCUGAUCCCACAGUGCCUGCAAAUACUCACCAACAUCGGCCAGCGAUGGAGCGAGGCGACCAGAUGCGCCGACAAGCUGAGGCCCAUGGUCGAGAAGGUAUCAUCUGCCUUUUCCUGGGCGGCUCAAGUGUCUGUGUUUGAAGCGGCGGCAAUAGCAGACGAGAUUGAGAGUCUGCUCUUCUCAGACAAGAGUCUCUCGUGGAACAGGGCCGCGAUGGGAGACAUCAACUUUGGAUUUGAAGAUGGGAAUCUCUUCUUUGAUAAUCUGCUCGUUGAUGAUCUGGAGACAUUCCAAUGGGCACCGGAAUGGGAUCUUCUUUCUGGGGAAAUGUUGUAG